CCUUUUGAAAGAAGUGGUGAGGCGCAAGAGAUGGUGGCAAAAGAUCCAAUUGGAUUCCAACAUAAAUUCAGCAAUAUCAAUUCUUGUUGGAUGGUGGAAGACAAAAGCUUGAUUAAAUUCUUUGUUAUUAAACCUUUUGACUAUUUCGAUUCUUAUUUACAGGGUUAUGACAUGGAGUUGCCUAAAAGCAUUGCUAAGGUGGAGCCAUUGCAUAAAAGAAUACAAGGUGAUGAUGUUCCAUUGGUAAAUAAGUCCAAGUAUGAUGAUGAUAUUUUGAUGCACAUCAAGUCAUUAACUAUAAUAUCUAAGUUAAUGUGUAAGAGUAAUUCGCUUCCUUUUGAAAUUGUGUAUGACAUAGAUGAUUACUUAUUCCAACUUGGUGGAAAGAGGCAUGGAAUUUCUGUGAAGAGGCUUGCAAAUGAGUUAAAUAUUUCUUCUUAUCUUAUUCAAGUGGCUAAUGAGUUUUCAUGUGCUAAAGAAUGUGAUCUUUGUUAUGUGAUGGGGAGUCAUUCUUCAAGUCAUGUUCAUUGUAAGAUUGUACAAGUAUUUGUUUCUAGUAAAGAGGAUAUGCAUGAUUGUUGUAACACUGGUGAUCAAAUACUCUUUCAUGUAGAGGAAUCCAUGAGAUUUGUAAUUGUAGAUAGUAGUCUAUAUCAUGAAUGUAUCUUGUUUGAUACAUGUGGUAAAG